CUCCGCUGGGUCUCGGGUGGGGAGGGGUCGCCGUCCUGCCCUGAGCCCGGACUCCACAGCUCGGCGCCUGCACCGCUCCCCUCGCCGAGCCCGCGGCGGAGUCUGCAGGCUCCACUCAGCAGGUCUGGGGCUCACCCUGAAUCGGGGCCUGUGGGGACCACUGUGCGGCUUCCCGCUGGGUGCGCGCCGCAACCCUGAGUGGCCGGGCAGUCAUUCCCCUUUUCCAGACGGGAAAGCCAAAUCUUGAGCCCAGAGCCAGCACCGUGUUCUCAGGCGCUGGGACUUCCAACCCGCGAUCUCCCCACUGUAGUAUUUCUUGGGACCUUCCCUGGGGUUCCCCCCGGGGCGUAGAGGUAAGGAACGUCUGGGGACAAGCGCCCCGGAAGUAUCUGGAUUCUGUGUCCUCCGCCGGGAGCAGGCCCCACCGCAGGCGGGAGUGUGUGGGGCGCCCCCGGGACGGUGGCGGGGACCGAACCCCUGCCCCGCGGAGAAGCAGGGGGCACUGGCCGCGGUUCCCCCUGCGCUGCGGCCGCCGCGCUAGCCAGGGUCCGGGGUGGCGCGGAGGGCGGCGGGCUCACACCAAAGUCCACCAGGGACCAAAGUCUGCCGGCCCCAAGCUCCCACCGCGGGGUCGCGGGGGUUUGUUCCGCCUAGUGAGCUUGGGAUUCUGGUUAAAAAUGCGACUGGGCGGAGCCAGGGGCCUCCGACGGCGGGAGGACAGCGCUGCGAGGAGGCGCCCGGGACAGUCAUGGAGCGCCGCGUGGGAGUGAGGGCCUGGGUGGAGGAGAACCGGGGCUCCUUCCAGCCCCCCGUCUGCAACAAGCUCAUGCACCAGGAACAGCUCAAAGUCAUGUUCGUUGGAGGCCCCAAUACCAGGAAGGACUAUCACAUCGAAGAGGGUGAAGAGGUAUUUUACCAGCUGGAGGGAGACAUGGUUCUCCGAGUCCUGGAGCAAGGGAAACACCGGGAUGUGGUCAUUUGGCAGGGAGAGAUAUUCCUCCUGCCUGCCAGGGUGCCCCACUCACCACAGAGGUUUGCCAACACCGUGGGGCUGGUGGUUGAGCGAAGGCGGCUGGAGACGGAGCUAGAUGGACUUAGGUACUAUGUGGGCGACACCAUGGACGUUCUGUUUGAGAAGUGGUUCUACUGCAAGGACCUCGGCACGCAGUUGGCCCCUAUCAUCCAAGAGUUCUUCAGCUCUGAGCAGUACAGAACAGGAAAGCCCAUCCCUGACCAGCUUCUCAAGGAGCCACCAUUCCCUCUGAGCACACUAUCCAUCAUGGAGCCCAUGUCCCUGGAGGCCUGGCUGGACAGCCACCGCAGGGAGCUGCAGGCAGGCACAGCACUCAGCCUGUUUGGGGAUACCUAUGAGACCCAGCACAUGGUGAUGGGGCUGUUUUAUGGGCCUCAACCCUGCUCCAAGCAAGCCUGGUGUCUGGGGGCAGGUUCAAGACCAUCUCCCAUGUGGGGCAAGAAGCGCCAGAAGUUUCUGUUUCACCUCCCACCAGGAGGGCUCCUCGGUGGUGACAAUGGGGGGACAGCACCUGAGCCUGGCCCCUGAUGACAGCCUCCUGGUGCUAGCUGGGACCUCGUAUGCCUGGGAGCGAACACAAGGCUCUGUGGCCCUGUCUGUGACCCAGGACCCUGCCUGCAAGAAGCCCCUGCAAUGACCCUGUUGCCGUGGCCUGAAGCAGCCACAGGUGUGCCUUGCAAGCACCCUCAAGUGCCACCCCUGCCGAACAACUCUCCCAGCCCUACUGCUUCUCUGUGUACCUCCACAGACCUGGACAUUGUUGUCACCCACCCUCCUGCCCUUCUCAGCCCAGAUGCCACGCCCCUGAGUGGGCAGCAACUCCCCAUCUUCUCCGGCAGCCUAAGCCUACUGCCUUGCCAGUCUUGCCAGGUGGUCUACUCCUGGCUCAGCUCCUGACCAUUCCUCUGUCCCUGCAGACUCAGUGCAGCACUUCCCCGCCAAGAAGGCCCUCAAUAAAGGCUUCCUGGUGAACGCA